AUGGCCACGACGUCCCAUGACGAGCGCUCGUCGCUGCUGCAUUCCGACGUUUCCAGUCCCAUCGGCCGCCACGCACGUCGGCUGAAGAACGGCGUAGCGCUGCUGCUGGUGUGCGCGGCGGUCGUUGCCUGCGUCGUCGUCGUCUUGCGAGGGUUUAUCGUGCCACCAGCACCGGUUGUACCACCGCAUGUGCAUGAGGAACAGUACGAUGCCAUUGUCAUUGGCGGAGGUCCGGCAGGGUCGGUGGUGGCCAAACUACUAAGUGAUGAUCCGUGGCGACGUGUGCUACUGAUUGAAGCAGGGGGCGUGUCCCAGACGCAGUUGGGGGGUAAGGAGGCCAUCGACUCACCGCUGAACACGAAAGGCUUGACGCCGUUCGACGUGCCAUUUUACUGGACAAUUGUGGUCAACACACCGCCAUUGCACUGGCCGUAUCCGGAUGUGAACGUGGCGAAAGCUCUGGGAGGAUGCGGUGUGCACAACGCCAUGCUCUACGUUCGAGUCUUGCCAUCGGAUUUGGAACGCUGGAACAUUGCAAACUGGACAUGGGAGAAAGCGCUGGAGAUUUACACGUCGAUUGAGGAUUUUGACGGGCCGAAUACGAGCUACCACGGCACGCACGGAUUCUUUCGUACUAGUCCACCCGCUAUGGAGACGGCCUUGUCCCAUGAGUUCAUUGAGGCAUGUGUGGAGGUCGGCAUCCCGCGAACAGUGGACUUUAAUGCGCCUGGUGGUCGUCAUGGCGUCGGGUACUACCACUUCAACACCCGCGAUGGAAUACGCGAGAGCGCUGCCAAAACGUUCCUUGGACCAAUACUGAACAACGAUACGGCCGAAUCCACACGAAGCAAUUUCCGCUUGAUGCUGGACACCAUGGUCACAAAAAUCAACAUAAAUGCGCAGAAUGUCACGGAGGGAGUAGAAGUUCGCUAUGCAAACGGCGCAGUCGAAGUCAUUCGUCUAGCAGAGCACGGUGAAGUCAUUGUCACGGCCGGCGCGAUCAAUACGCCGAAGAUCCUAAUGCUUUCUGGGCUUGGUGAUCGCGCCACGCUUGAGAAAGUUGGGCUACCGUUGAAGAAACACUUGCCGUGGGUAGGCAUGAAUCUACAAGAUCAUCCUGUCGUUGGCAUGUCAUUCAAGUACAAGCCCAAACAAGAGUUCGAUCUCGAAGCGGAAUUGGACGCGUACUUCGCGGCUAUCGACGCCAAGAAUACGACGGCAUCCAGCUACGGACUUUUCGGCUCUGCUGGUCUCAGUGCUGGGGCAUUUUUGACUCCACCUGGCUCAACGGUACCUGAAAUUCAACUUACGCUGUUUCCGCGUCGAUCGGAACCCCACAUAUCCACCACGGCUACACUCAACCACGCCACAGAGGUUGUGAUUACGGUUGCACUGCUGCAUCCUCUUGCUCGCAAUCGUGUGGUGCUCGUGCACGACGACGACGAUUCGGUUGACGACGAUAACGUCGACCACCUGGUACCGCAUGUUGUCUCGGAAAAGUCGAACGGUGUGGCCGAGCACCUGAGGCCAGGUGAUGUGUGGAAGAUUUCGUGGGCAAUUGGUGUGGUUCGCAAUAUAACGUCAAAGCUGGCCGAGAAGAACGUGAUUGGAUCCGAAAUCGCCCCGGGUGUCGGUAUUUCCUCCGGGGAAGACUUGGACAAAUGGGUACUCAGCGCCGCAUUUCGCAACUCGCACUGGGUCGGUAGCGCAUGCAUGGCAAACACGGAGGACGAAGGCGUUGUAGAUAAUCACUUGCGCGUCUUUGGAAUCAAGCAUCUCCGCGUGGCUGACGCAUCCGUGAUGCCGCUCAUCCCGAAUGGCAACGUGCACUCUUCUGUGGUGAUGGUAGCAAGUCGAGCUGCCCAGAUUCUGCGUGAAGACGAAGCAGAAUAUCGACGGUCUGGAGCGUCAUAG